AUGGACACCUCUGGUGCGUUGCUUUUCUUCCUCGCUGGAUUGAUCGUGUGGGCUGGUAUCACCCGUUGGAAGAGACAGAAGGAUUUGACGGCUUUCGCUGCGAGGCACGGUUGCAAGCCGCCACAAAAACAUCUACACAAUCUGUUGUGGCCGCCCUUAGGCCUCGAUAAGACGCUCCCAACCAUCAAGGCAGACCGAGCAGGCCGUCUUCCGGCCUUCAUGCUGCAAGAAUUCGAGAAGCACGGAGACACCUACACGCAGCAAUUACCCGGACAGUAUGUCAUUCUGACCAGGUCACCUGCCAAUGUUGAGGCUGUGUGCAAAACUCGCUUCAAAGAAUAUGAGAUUGGAGCAGACCGCGCUGGCAACUUUCGUCCGCUCAUUGGGCAUGGCAUUCUCGCAUUAGACGGCCGGGAAUGGAUGAAAUCCCGUGCCAUGUUGAGACCGCAUUUUAACAGGAACACCGACCAUGAUUUCAUCCAACUGGAAAGUCUUGUCCAGCAUUUACUUGGCCGGCUUACUGCAGCCUCCCGGGAUAACGAGGCGGUCGAAAUUUCGGAACUUCUGCUCAAACUCAGCACGGACUUUGCUACCAAGGCCAUAUUCGGCCGAAGUACUGACUCCUUGCUCUUCGGGCGACAAGAGCUGUCGGGCGAACGGGGCAAAGGGAGCGCAACAGAGUUCUCGGAGGCCGCGAACCAUGCCAUUCAUAUGCUUGGACAGAGAGGGCUGCUUAUCAACCUCUACUGGAUUGUCGACUCUCCUCGGUUUCGCAAAUCCUGCAGGAUCGUCAAGCGUUUCGUGGACGGGUACCUGUCAGAAGCUGCACAGUCACAGGAGACAAGGUCAAAGGCUGGGAAAGAAGAUUACACGAGUAGUGCGUCAUUCAUGCGAUCCUUGGUGAGCAGAGACCAGGCUUCCCCGGAGGUGAUCAGAGAUCAGCUCCUCGCCCUCCUGUUGGCGAGUCGCGACACUUCAGCCUCAUUCGCGGCAUGGGUGCUGUAUGCAUUGGCUCGAACUCCACGGGUUAUGGCUAAGCUUCGUGGCUUGAUCAAGGCCCGUGUUCGAGGGGGAAGACCCCCGACUGUGGCGGACAUCACAGCUCUCGCAUAUCUACGCCAUGUCUUGAACGAGACGCUGCGCAUCUUUCCCGUAGUGCCCCUGGAUGGGCGCACGGCGAAGACCCACACAUGGCUUCCAGAAGGGGGUGGCGUCGAGGGCAGAGACCCAUUGUUGGUUCCAGCUGGAGCCAAAGUGGCGUUCAAUAUUUAUGCCAUGCACCACCGACGCGAUAUCUUUGGCGUCGACGCUGACGAGUUUCGCCCAGAACGGUGGGAAGAUGACGCGCGCGGCCCCAGGGCUGACUUUGAAGCCGCUUUCGCACCGUUCAUCACCGGACCUCGCGUCUGCUUGGGGAAAAAUAUGGCAAUGAUGACUGUUUCAUAUGUCGUCAUCCGCAUCCUGCAAACCUUCGACACGAUUGAUCCCGCUGCAGCCCCCGCGUCCACAGUCCUGGGCCGGAAUCACGCCAGGUGGCCGAGCGAGGAGACUCGAUACCAGAUGGAGGACGGCGAAACUACGUUCAAGAUUGGGGUCACCAUGUCUCCUCGGGAUGGCGUAUGGGUCAAACUCCAGCCCGCCACAUUGAACCCUUGA